CAAAGAGAGGACGAGCCUUGACACCGAGAUAAAGCGCUUCAUUGCCAAAAAAGCUGAUCUCCUUUUUGCUCACUCGUGGAGACCCAACGGGCCUCUCUCCGAAACGAUUGAAGAAAAUGAAGACUAUUACGCUGUUAUGCCACCCCUGGAACGGUUCAUGGAGGUUCCCAGGGAAGAGAGGAGAGAAUUAUUUUUUCAAGACAUCGACCGUGGUGAUAUUGUGAUUGGGAAGAUUACUUCUAUUCGUGAAUUUGGCUUUUUCAUGGUGCUGAUUUGUCUGGGAAGUCGUUUCAUACGGGAAAUUUCAGAUUUAGAAAUCACCGCUCUUUGUCCUUUGAGAGAUGUGCCUUCUCAAAGCAACCAUGGAGAUCCCUUAUCUUAUUAUCAAACUGGAGACCUUAUUCGAGCUGCUGUCAAGGAUGUUGAUCGUUACCACGAGAAGCUCACGGUGUCACUUUACAGCUCGGCUCUUCCACCCCAUUUGUGCAGUACAAAACUAGGCGUAAUUACGUCCGAUGACUUCCCACUACAUUAUAAGCGAAGCAUGGAAGUUGCUAAUACAGCAGAGACAUUUGAAGAGGUUUUGCAUCGUUCCCCAGGAUUUGGUAAUCCAUCAUUAGUUGAAUAUUUAGCAGAAAAACUAGGAAUAAGUGAAUCAAAUCCCCCGUCUUUGCUAAGAAGUCUUCAAAUUAAAAAUUUCAAUGAGGAAGAUUUUGCCCCUGCAUUGAGGAAAAAGCAGUCUGAAUCGUGGGCCUUGAAAUGUGUGAAGGCUGGGGUUGAUUAUUUUAAGGUUGGGCGCCAUGUGGAAGCCAUGAAUGAGUACAACAAAGCUUUGGAAAUUGAUCCACAGAAUGUUGAAGCUUUGGUAGCACGUGGAGCUCUGUAUGCAACAAAAGGAAGUCUGAACAAAGCCAUAGGUGACUUUGAAAUUGCUUUAGAAAACUGUCCUACCCAUAGAAAUGCAAGAAAAUACCUCUGUCAGACUCUUGUGGAAAGAGGCAGGCAGUUGGAAGAGGAAGACAAACUAGUAAACGCUGAGAGUUACUAUAAGAAAGCCUUAAGUUUGGAUGAGACUUUUCAGGAAGCAGAAGAGGCCUUAACGAAACUCCGUAAACAUAUGCAGAAAUCUUUGGAAAUGAGGGAGAAACAAGCUGCCAAAGAAGAAAGACAUAAAGAAAAGAAAGUAGAAACAAGUGCAGAAAAAUUGCGUAAGCUCUUAAAAGAAGAAAAAAGGUUGAAGAAGAAAAGGAAAGUUUCAACUUCCUCCUCUUCCUCAUCAUCAUCAAGUGAUUCUUCAUCAGAUGUAUCAAUUUCUUCUUCCUCCUCUUCCUCUGAUCACAAGAAACGUAGGAAAAAGCGUCGGAAUAGAUCUGAGUCUGCCCAUAGCUCAAAAAAAUGCUCAUCUAGAGUUUCUUCCCAUUACAAAGAUCAGAUUAGGAAAGAGGAGUGUUACUCACCUCCAGCUGAUACCUCUGCUUCCUUUCUUAACCAAAGUUUUGAAGUGGAGAAACUGCUGGAAAGGCAGGACAGCUUAGCAUGUCCAAAAACAGAGGUAAAAGAGAAAGACAGACACCAUUCUUUUUCAAGGACUUCAGGUGAUGAUGAAGACACUUUUGGAGGUAGGUCUGAAGCUUCAAGAGAUUCUUACAGUAGCUCCAGAACACUGCCAAGCAGUAGCAAAACUGAAAAAUAUGGUAAAACAGAUCGAUUUUUCUGCAGUUGGAGGGGUUCCUCAGGUUCAUAUCAUAAGUCAUAUGAUAAACCCAGUAUGCAUUAUUUUAGAAGAUCGGAAAGGGAUGUAGAGGGGAGAAAAGAGCCAUUUAAAAAACAUGGCGCAGGUUACGACAGGUAUUACGUGUCUCCAGCAGGGUCUAACUAUUCUGGGAAAUCGGCAGGAAAAUACAGAUCAUAUUCUAGCACCUGCUCCCGUGAAGGUGAUAAAAGUUGUGAAAGCGAUAGGCAUGUAUUAAGUAAACAUAAAAAUGAAAGUGAGUAUAAGAGUAGGAAAAGAAGUUCUGAGGAGACUAGCAAAACAGAGGAACCAGAUGAGGAAAUGUCUUUAAAUGGCACAGAGCAAGCAGACAGUGGCAUUAAAAGAAACCUGCCUCAGAACCUAGUUAACAUAUUCAAUCAGAUAGCUGAGUUUGAGAGGGAGAAAGGAAGUAAGCAGAAGAAAGAGUGA